AUGUGUGGCCCAUGGGUAGCAUGGUUAGAAGUGCUGCUGCUCUUUGUCACAGUCACUCAGUCAGUCCUCAAGCCAGCAGUGCCUCUGAUAAUCAAGAACCAGCCUUUCCACAUUUUCUGGGCUGCCCCGACAAUGUACUGUAAGAAAUCCUUCAAAGUAGACAUGAAUCUUCAAGUAUUUAACAUUAUGACAAAUCCUUUAGAGACUCAGAGUGGAUCAUCGAUUGGCAUCUUUUAUCCAAAUGAAUUGGACUAUUACCCUUAUUUCUCUCAAGAUGGAAAAGCAUUCAAUGGUGGAAUACCACAGAGUAUAAACCUUUCUGCUCACCUUAGGAAAACUACUGCUGAUAUUGCAAGAACUCUCCCUUGGUGGCAAUCGGAAGGACUUGUUAUUGCCUGGGAAAGUUGGAAACUCCAAUGGGUUAGAAACUGGGGGAGCAGAAUAAUAUAUAAAAACCACUCCUUAGUCUCCACAAGAUACCACCAUCCUGACUGGUCAGAAACAAAACUGAAAACAGUUCCCCAACUCGAAUUUGAAAAUGCUGGAAGGAAUUUCAUGAAUGUCACUCUCACUCUGGCUUUAGAAAUGAGACCAAAAUACUUAUGGGGCUUUUAUCUCUAUCCAGAUUGCUAUAAUUAUGAUUACAGAAUAAAUCAGGUGUUUUACACAGGUAAUUGCCUAAAUGAAGACGUUUUCCUCAAUGAUCAACUCUUAUGGCUGUGGAAAAAAAGCACAGCACUUUAUCUUUCAAUAUAUUUGGAAAAAAUAUUGAAGUCGAGUUUAAAUGCAUUGAAAUUUGUUCAUUAUCAAGUUCGAGAAGCCAUGAGAAUUGCUGAAAUGGCUAGACCUGACUAUGUUUUACCAGUUUUUGUUUUUUCCAGGCCAUUUUAUUUGAAUAGUGUUGAAACUUUGUCAGAGGAGGACUUAGUACAUACAAUUGAUGAAAGUGCUGCAUUAGGGGCAGCAGGAAUAAUAUUGUGGGGAGGAUAUGAAUAUACUUCAUCAAAGGAAACUUGCUUAUCUGUGCAACAAUCUGUUCCAGGAAUAUUGGGUCCCUAUGUCAUGAAUGUGACAUCUGCAGCCCAGCUCUGUAGUCAAAGUCUAUGUAGCGACCAUGGAAGAUGUGUUCGAAAAACACCUUCAUCCUCCUUUUAUUUGCAUGUGCCUGAAAGCAGCAGUAAAAAAUAUAUCUCAAACAAGAGCAUAAGGUUUGUCAUUUCUAAAAAAAGUAAACUGAAGACAAUAAAAGGCAUGAAGGAUGGAUUCAUGUGUCACUGCUAUUAUGGCUGACACAGAGAGUCUUGUCACCAUUACUCAUCAGAUCUCCUGAGUUGGAACAACAAGACUCCUAUUGCUAACUUUAAUUUAUCAGUUUUUCUUGACAUUAUCAUAUCUGUGAUUCUGCUGAAUUAUUUUUUUACUCCAUACUACAAGGUCAAUUUUUCCUUGAAAUACUGA